ACAUUUUGGCCGAUGUAGCAAGGCACGUGCCCGUAGGCAGUGCGUGCCAUCUCUACGAAUGGGAUAGAAUGGCAGCGACACUCUUACUGCUUUCCUAUGCCGACGCACUUGUCCCGAAUGGUAGCAUGGCAACAGCCAUUUUUCGAUUCUUACCUUCUUCACCGUUCGGACUGGCCGCGUUGGAAGAACCCAACGCCCCCAAGAGACGACGUCACUACAACAGCUCUUUGUACGACGAAAUAUUGGUCGAAACUCUCGACCAGCCAGUUCCUGAGAACCACUGGACUCCUCUCGUCAUAUUCUUAUUCCUCGUCGCUAUGCUCAUCGGUGUGAUACUUGCCUUCCUCUGCGUCUUAUGUUGUAUGCGUUACCUUCGUCCACAAGUCCAGUACCGAGCGAUGAAAGAGAUCAACAGCUAUGACGUUGAUGACGAAGGAAUGAGAGAGGCUACGUUCAGGGCACGAAUGAAUCCCGUGGAGACUGGAACACAAACGAGUUCCAGGAACGACAUUCAAAAGUGGUCGUUUAUAUCGAAGCCCGAUGAGGCAGAGCUUCAACGUGCGUUCCAGAUCAAGUUCCAAGACAAGGAAAUGAGGAGGAAGAGAGAGGAAGAAGAAGAACAGAAGCGUCUAAGGCUUUUGCAGUUAGAGGAAGAAGCCAAGAAGGCGAAAGAAGAGGCUAAGCUACGCUCGGAAGAAUACGAAAGGAAGCUGCGAGACGUAGAAGUCAUGUCCAAGGAGCUCCUGGAUAUAAGAUCUGGCAUGAAGCGCAAGAGAGCGAGGGGUAGAAGAGACACCAGCCUUCAAAAUAGCAGUGGGGGUUCACAGUGGCAGCAACUGGAACAGCUGGACCAGCAGCAGCAGGAACACAUAGUCCAAGACGAGGCUCACGGUUCAUCCUCUCAGAUGCGCCUAGAUUUGCAGUUCAAGCAAGACAGCAAAGGGAAAUCCAAGUGCAGCAUGCAAGCGUACGUUGACCCUGCUAUUGACGGCUCUGUAACAGUGGACACACCGAAUGAUGGUCCCCCACCAGACAUCGAUAUGACUCCAAGAACAAAUGCGUUCGAACUACGGCAUGAAGAUAAUUUCCGCAAGGAGACAUACGACGUCUCAGACAUUCGAGAGCAAGCCAGAAGAAAAAACACCGAUAUGAGGGCCUCACCUUCAUCUUCCUUCGUGUUCCAAGACGUCAACGAAUUUGAACGUUUAGCUGCUCCUGGAUUCUCGAGGACGCAGAAUAACCAGAUUCAGCAACAGCAGCGCAGGCUGGUGUCAUCUGAUGAGAGUUCCAUGGGCAGUGGUCACCAAAGCUCGAAUAAGGGUUCUCAAGCGCUUCAUGACGAUAUUGAGCGAACAAGGGCGCAGUGAGAGUUCACUGAGCUUCGGGUAGCCUGUUUUGAUUAAUCUUGCAAGUCUUUCUUAGUCAAGGAUAGCGGGGAGUGCGACACACGUGAUCGUGCCUAAGACACAUACGCAACGUGCACCCAUGAUGGAUAGGAAGAAAAUUCUGGACCGGCAGUUGCAAACCGAGAGAACAUUCGGUCUGUGCGGAGCAAUGAUAUAUUUGCGUGCUAGUAAAUUGUGCCUUAUUCCGUU